AUGGGUCGUUUCAACUUUAUCGAAUCCGAGUGUUUUUGGAAUCAGAUCCCCGAAGAAAUAUCCACAAUUACCUUUAAUGUAGGCAAGCUCAACAAUGUCGAUCCAAAGCCCCACAAAGAUAAUGAAGAUUAUAAAAAUCAAAUUGCUCACGAGCAUUUCAGUUAUGAGUAUUCGAGAGGUCUCACUCAAGAUCCUUACAGACUUGUAGGAAUGAAUUUCUUCUUUGAAAGCUGUCAGGGCGCGAAAUUUUCAAAGCAUUGUCCAGACGAUUGGUACAACGUUUGGGGAGAAUGGCUUCGAGAUGGGGGGUUGACAUGGUUAAAAGAUGGGGGGCCAAAACCUGUUGGGAUCCAAUAUGAUAACCCUACAGCAUAUGAUCUGGAUAGACAUGACUAUUAUGUAGAACCUUGGAUGGAAGAGGAAUUUAUAAAUCGUGGUGUUCCCAAUAUUGGAACGAGUUCUGAAUUUUGGGUUCCGGGAGUCCCUGAGGUUCGUUAUAUGAAACUCGAAAUUCAUGGUUAG